AUGACGAUUGCACGAGCUUCUUCACUUGGAAUGGACUUAUUUAGUUAUAUAAGCCAUAUACGAGCAUGUGUAUUAGAAAAGUUUGGCAGUACUCAAAAUGAAGGGAAUGAUCAGGAUUCCACCCCUACCACUGGUAAUAAUAAAGAAUUGGAUAAUAGUUUUGCUUCCACUUCCGAACGAGACGAGAUUCGACGAGAACACGAGCAGUUGUCAAACGAUUUAGAAUCUGUACAAAGAAACUAUAAAAAAUUACGACAGGUCGUGGAUCAACUAGAAAGAGAAUAUGAAGAAUCUAAAGAAUUCGAUCCUGUUCGGCGAUACGAAAAGUUAAAGAAUAUGGUGAAAAGGACAAUUCUUCAUUUUAAAUUGGACCCAGAUCAACAAGGGUCGGCCAGCCAAUCACAAGGUAUUGUGGGAUUGAUGCAAGGCUGUAAACAAUAUGCUCAACAUCUAGAAAGUACCAAAAGGCGGGAAGAGCGUUGUUCAAGACUAUCAAGAGAAGAUAUUAUAAUAGCUAAUAGUAAAAUGGGUGAUCAAAUUAAAGAAUGUAAUAGGAAAUGUUCUAUUAUACGAGGAUUGGUAGAGAAUUUAGAAAGGGGAUACGAAUCCUCAAAACGUUAUGUGGUAUUACAAAGAUACAGGAUGCUGAAAACUAUGAUUAAAACUGUGAUACAUGAUAAAUGGAUAUGAUCAUACGAUCCAUAUCAUUAUAUUGUCAUAAAGCUUGCUUGUGUGAUUUUGCUUGAAAGUCGUGAAAAUGAGCUUUUAUUGUGCUAUAUUAUGACGUUACACAUAGUGUAUAGUAUUGAGUGCUAGGGUUAUUGAUUUUUUUUUCAGUUUGUUCAGCAUUAUUUUGUUGGCAGAUGCAUGCAUUCGAGAACAUGCAUUUAGUCAAAGUGCAGGAAAAAUUCAAUACAAGAUACAAACAUAAUGUGUAAUCACGUUUUGUGCUGCGCUCAAGAUUUCUCCGAUUUGUUUAUGUUUUACAUGCGUAAUUAAGAUCGUUAGAGAUUGCCUAAAAUUGUUAUAAUGACUCUAAUGACAGAAAUACGUAUGAUAAAUGUGCAU